AUGGCAAAUAAAAUUUCCACUGGAUUAUUGAUUAUGAUUUUAAAUAAUGUUCGACCACAAGAUUUACACUCAUCAUCAUUAGUUAAUCGAAAUUGGUGCAAGAUUAUCUAUUUAACUUUACUAAAUUUAAGACCUGAACAAGUAAUCGCAAUAUUUAAUAAUAAUAAUUUUGGAAGGAAAGGCUUUGAUGCUAAUAAACCAUUAUGCAAAAUAGUCGAAAGUGUACCGGGAUCACUUGAAACUAUUGAAAUUAGAAUGUGA